CAACAACACAACAGGACUUCCACUGGCAGCUCACAUUUGUCUGCAGUUCGAACAUCAUCCCUGACCUCUUGCAGAACCCAGAACCACUGGCGACGAUUUUGACAGGAUCAAGUUUGAACGAGCCCACAAACGUGGUUUUUGUGGUCAUCGCUCGGGCGUGAUACUCCCUGCCCUCAACAAGCCCCAAGGCAACCCGCUUGAGUCAGCAAACCCGAGGAAUCUGUCUCAUUGAUUCAUCAUUUGAAGUGCCUCCCUAGAAUCCGGACCUCCCUCAGCGGUCUCAGAAAACCGCCUAGCGGGUCUCUGUCAAUUAUCCCACUACAUUCCCGUUGACCAGAUCCAGACACUGCCGCCACGGCUUGUUCCAGGGCAGUGCCCCCCUUCGACUACAUUGUUUGCCUUUCAGCCUAACGCAGCGACACCGGUUGGGUCGACUUCGACACUGCCUACCACUUAUCACUGCUUGAUUAACGCGUCCUCCCAUCUUUUAGACUUGCCAUUUCCACUUUAUCAGACUGGAAUUGCGAAGAGCCCCACCGUGAGUCCGGUUUCAGUUGCUCGAACCAGCCAGUGUGGCACUGCUUCACACAGUUGGGCCUUGUCCUAUGAUGAGGACUGCCGAAGAAAAGCCCAGCAAUGGCGGCACGAGCAGUCAUUCACCAUCUGGCCGGCAGAAGUCCUCUUCUUAUCUGCAUGUAAGUGAAGGGUCCUCGCACGACAUCACUGAUCGGGGAUCAUUCAAUCCUGGCGCAACCGGAAUGGACAACAAGGAAUCUGUUCGGACGGAUGUCAUCGAACAUGCCGCAAAUACCCCACGGUCGCCGAGAUUACACAGGCUUAGACACCUUGAAGCUGGUCACUUGCCCAUUGAUACAACACCCGUGACCGUGACAAUGAUGACACCACAGUCAAUCCCACUCCACAAGAGUACCCAGCACCAUGCAACUCCGUUCCUCUCACUUCUGCCUGUCGACUUACACCACGUUUUGGCCACCGACUAUCUCGACUUCAAUGCGCUCCUUUCACUCCGACGCACCUGUCGAGCAAUGUACCAUCUCUUGUCCCCGGACCUCGUGCGGCAGGUAAGAUCUGGAAUCAUUGAAAGAUCACUGGCAUCCGAAGUCGAGCAAAUCCGCGCGUACAGAAGUAUCUAUCGGCAGCAGCGCAUCAGUCAUCAUCUCUGGGAGUUGUUGUACGCGGUAUUUGACCCUCGUCUCAUCGGACGCCCUGCCAAAGAGCUCAUGUGCUACGGCUGUCUCGAGACCAAACCGUUGUUUGCGUUUGUGGAAAAGAUGAGCAACCGUGGCACCGGACUGGGAGCCAAGUUUGCCCGCGACAGAAUGUGCAAGGACUGUAUGCGGCGACACCGCGACAUCGAAGGCCGGUGGUACAAGGAGAAUUGGGUCCAGAAGAGCGAGAUGGUGAGAAAAGUCGGCAAAUAUCGCCGGAUCCGUCGCUGGGCGCUCCAGGGCCAGAGCCUGGUCAAUCCGGAACAAGAAAUCGGAAUCUGUGCCAAAUGCGGCAGCGGGAGCUUUGAGCUGUGGUGGGGCUGCGUGGCGUGUUUCGAGGCCGAGGAGGAGAGACGCCGCACUCUGGAUCUGCAAGACUUUGGUGCCGUCGGCCGCAAGGUCGUGGGUGCCCUUGAGUCAGUGCGAGCGGGUAUGGAAGCAGUACGGAGACAUCGACUGGCUGCCAGUGCGAGGAGAAUGAGUGAAGGGGUUGGACGACGGCGUGGUCGUGGUCGUCGCAGAAAAUGGCUUUCCUUGCCCAACUUGACGGUGUCAGGCAGUCUUGCGGACCGAAAAGCCGCCCUGGACGAAUGGAGAGAGAACAAGAGCUGCCACAAACAUGGAUGUCGAGGCAGUGGCAGUGGCAGUGACAAAGGGAUCGCAGCACCACCACCACCACCACCAACAACAACAGAGACAAGUAGUACAUGCACGGCACCAGCAGCAGCAACAGCAUGUCCCCGUCGGCAUCAUCAAUCAAAUCGGCAUUGGCGAGCCGUCGAGGAGUUUGCUCCUCUGACUACCAAAAAUCGUCGCGAGGCUCGCUGUACAUCCUGCUGGGUCCCCAACUGUCCCCGCCAGUCGUACUUCCUCGGACUGGCCUAUGAGCCCCCCUUGACCAAGGAGCGCUGGUGUACUGGGUGUCGAACCGACCAUGACCAAAGACUCGCGAGGAAGAAUGGCCGAAAGGAGAAACAGAGACCUCCUUGGUAUGAGGACAACUUGGGCGGCUUGUGGAGCUCAAGCUGGCUCGACGGAUAUGAGCUUGAAGACCUUUUCGAGGAACCGGAGCCGGAGCCGGCGCCGACAGGCUCUGCCGGUGAUUUAAACUGAGUUGAAACCGAGUCAAAUGCAGUGGAUGAGAUAAAUGGCCGCUACAUCACGCCUGCAAGACAGCAGCAGCACGAAUCAUGACGAUCUAACGCACGGGCGUUUCUUUUCGGCGCAACGAACACAACGAGAGCAUUCAUGGGGCUGGCCUUUACGAAAUGUGUCACAGUGUCUGAGUUCGGCAUUUGGGAUUGGGAUUUGGGAUUGGGAUUGGGCAACGGAGGAGAAUCUGGCUUUGCUUCAUCAUACUAGUGCAGUGAGUGAGCGUCUAAGACGACAAUGAAUGACAAAUGACAAACGACGAAAAAAUGACUUUUUUUUUCAAUCAACAAAGGGGGGUUUAAAACGCAAGACUACAAUUUUAUGGCGCGGCGCUGCUCUUCGCUUCUUUGGAAAAGCAGAGACAAACGACCGAGCGCAUCUCCCGAGCUUACUAGUACUACAGAAUCUAAUGGAUCUCAUCUCAACCCUAGCGGCGCCGGCAUCUGAGACAGGUACAUAUCUUGUUUUCUUUCUCUCCAGAUACAAUGCACCAGACACCAGUCACCAGCCCACUUCUCUUGUAGGUACCUCGGGAUAAUACCGAACGUGCCUGGGCUGAGUAUGGUCGACCAUGAAUCAAAAUCAAGCACUGGGAUGCCGGCCGCUUCGUCGACUUGGAAUGAACCCCCCUUUCAUUUCCCUUCCCAACAGGAAGGAAGUUCUUUGCCAAUAUAACCGCUCACAAAGGAUGAGGACCGCUUUCCGAUUUUGUCACCAAUGGCUCCAUGAGGGCGGCGCGGGACAAACUUCGCCGAUGCUGCAACAAUUCAAGAUGAUGAGAUAGACAAAAGAUUACCCACACCUCUGGCGCCGUGGGAGAGCUUGCAUCAGAUCAAGUUCGUAUACAGCUACUAACUAGUACGAGUAUCUUGUGUCAGCACCAUGAUACAGAAUGUCUGCUACACGCCGAGUGGGAAGACAGAACAAUGAACCAUAGCCUUGUGCUUCCCGUAGUGUAUGUACAUACACUACAUUAAAUAUGUGCGAAAUACUAGUCCUGGCACAACAAGGAGAGAUGAAAGCAUAGCAAAGCACAUCCAUACAGCACUACUACUACUAGUGCUACUAGUAAAUACAUGAUGAUAUUCGUAAAGGUAGUGUUUGAU